AUGAGCAAAGAAAUGAGGGAUGUAGGCAUCUCGUGUCUGUGUGCCCUGCUUCACUAUUUCCUUCUGACUUCAAAGGAGGAAGAGGAGGAAGACAGCAGUCCUGGAGUGUCCUUCUCACUCUCUUCUGAAGAGUCGGAGAUGGAGCCUGAGGAAGAAAGGAUCCGUUACAGCCAAAGACUGCGCGGCACGAUGAGGCGGCGUUAUGAGGACGAUGGCAUCUCCGAUGAUGAAAUUGAAGGGAAGAGGACAUUUGACCUGGAGGAAAAGCUGUCCACCAACAAGUUUAACUCCACCUUCGUGGUCUUCAUGGAAGGCAAAGACUUCACAGUUGAAUACAUCCAGCGGGGCGGCCUGAGAGAUCCUCUCAUCUUCAGGAGCUCUGACGGCCUGGGGAUAAAGAUGCCAGAUCCGGACUUCAGCGUGAAUGAUGUGCGGCUGUGUGUCGGGAGCCGACGGAUGGUGGAUGUCAUGGAUGUGAACACGCAGAGGGAUAUCGAGAUGUCCAUGGCACAGUGGGCACGCUACUACGAAACACCGGAGGCUGAGCGGGAGAAACUUUACAAUGUCAUCAGCCUGGAGUUCAGCCACACCAAACUGGAGAACCUGGUGCAGAGACCUGCUACGGUGGAUUUGAUUGACUGGGUUGAUAACAUGUGGCCCAGACACCUGAAGGAGAGUCAGACAGAGUCUACGAAUGCUAUCCUGGAGAUGCAGUAUCCAAAGGUGCAGAAAUACUGUCUGAUGAGUGUCAAGGGCUGCUACACAGAUUUCCACGUGGACUUCGGUGGUACUUCUGUGUGGUACCACAUCCACCGAGGGGGAAAGAUCUUCUGGCUGAUCCCUCCUACACCCCAGAACCUGGAGCUCUAUGAAAACUGGCUUCUCUCAGGGAAGCAGGGAGACAUUUUUCUCGGGGACAGAGUGUCAGAGUGCCAGCGCAUCGAGCUCAAGCAGGGCUACACGUUUGUCAUCCCCUCAGGUUGGAUCCAUGCUGUGUACACUCCCAUGGACACGCUGGUUUUCGGAGGUAACUUCUUACACAGCUUCAACAUCCCUAUGCAGCUCCGGAUCUACAGCAUCGAAGACCGCACGCGGGUCCCAAACAAGUUUCGUUAUCCCUUCUAUUACGAGAUGUGUUGGUACGUGCUGGAGCGCUACGUCUACUGCAUCACCAGCCGCUCGCAUCUGACCAAGGACUUCCAGAAGGAAUCGCUCAGUAUGGAUAUGGAGCUGAGCUCCUCGGACUCUGUAAACAUGGAAGAGGAGGAGGAGGAGGAGGAAGAGGAGGAUGCAGCAGGAAAGGAACCUAGGCGACCGGUCACAAGGCGGUCCAUUCUCACCAGCCCCAUAGCCAACGGUGCCAAUGUGGACUAUGAUGAACUGGGCAGGAGCUGCCGGAGCAGCCUGCCGGGUCUGAAGAAGACCCCAUCUAUAGACUCUUCCGACUCCAGCCGGGGCUCCCAAAACGGCCAGGCCUGGGACCCAAACGGUGGCAGCCCGCGCAAGAGCAGGAAGGUGCACCUGACGCAGUUUGAGCUGGAGGGGCUGCGCUGCCUCGUGGACAAACUGGAGUCGCUCCCUCUGCACAAGAAGUGUGUUCCCACCGGCAUUGAGGAUGAGGAUGCCCUCAUCGCUGACGUCAAGCUGCUGCUAGAAGAAUACGCAAACAGCGACCCCAAACUGGCACUUACAGGCAUCCCCAUCGUCCAGUGGCCCAAGAGAGAUAAGCUAAAGCUCCAGGCCCGGCUGAGGGUGCGCCUGCCCACCAUCCCCAUCACCAAGCCGCACACCAUGAAGCCAACCCCCCGCCCGACACCCGUCAGGCCUACGGUCUCUCCCAUCGUGUCAGGCGCCAGGCGGAGGCGGGUGCGGUGCCGAAAAUGCAAGGCUUGCAUGCAGGGCGAGUGUGGCAUGUGCCACUAUUGCAGGGACAUGAAGAAGUUUGGCGGGCCUGGCCGCAUGAAGCAGUCCUGCGUCCUCCGGCAGUGCUUAGCGCCCAGGCUGCCUCACUCGGUCACGUGUGCACUUUGUGGGGAGGUGGAUCAGAACGAGGACUCACAAGACUUUGAGAAGAAGCUCAUGGAGUGCUGCAUCUGCAACGAGAUUGUUCACCCUGGCUGCCUGCAGAUGGAUGGGGAAGGACUGCUCAACGAUGAGCUCCCUAACUGCUGGGAGUGCCCCAAAUGCUACCAGGGUGACGAUGCAGAGAAGGGCCAGAAGCGGAAGGUGGAGGAGAGUGACGACGACACAGCGCAAACCAAGGUGCUGCGGCCCCUGCGGAGUUGUGAGGAACCCCUGACCCCCCCGCCCAACUCGCCCACCCCCAUGCUGCAGCUGAUCCACGACCCAGCGUCGCCGCGAGGCGUGGUGACACGCUCGUCCCCGGGAGCCGGCCCCAGCGACCACCACAGCGCCAGCAGAGACGAGCGCUUCAAGCGACGGCAGCUGCUGCGGCUCCAGGCCACCGAGCGAACCAUGGUGCGGGAGAAGGAGAACAACCCCAGCGGCAAGAAGGAGCUGUCGGAGGUGGAGAAGGCCAAGCUGCACGGCUCCUACCUCACCGUGACGCUCCAGCGCCCCACCAAAGACGUCCACGGCACUUCUAUCGUCCCCAAGCUGCAAGCCAUCACAGCCUCCUCCACCAACCUGCAGCACUCUCCCCGAGUGGUCAUGCGCCACGCGCCCGCCAGGAUGCCCCUGCGGGGCGGCGGGGAGGAGGAGGCAGCUGCCGAGGAGGAUGAGGAGGAAGAGGAGGAGGAGGACGAGAACGCGGAGGAGGGGGGGGCGGCCCGACUCAACGGCCGAGGGGGCCGGGCGCAGGAGGGCGAGGAGAGCUGGAUGCAGCGCGAGGUGUGGAUGUCUGUCUUCCGCUACCUCACUCGCAGGGAGCUCUGCGAGUGCAUGCGGGUGUGCAAGACCUGGUACAAGUGGUGCUGUGACAAGAGAUUGUGGACGAAGAUAGAUUUGAGUAGGUGCAAGUCCAUCACCCCCCAGGCGCUGAGCGGCAUCAUCAAAAGACAGCCGGUCAGCCUCGACCUCAGCUGGACCAAUAUCUCCAAAAAACAGCUUACGUGGCUCGUCAACAGGCUGCCAGGCCUGAAAGACCUCAUCUUAGCGGGCUGUUCCUGGUCUGCGGUCUGUGCUCUCAGUACCUCCAGCUGCCCCCUUCUCAGGACCCUCGAUCUUCGGUGGGCAGUAGGAAUCAAGGACCCUCAGAUCCGGGACUUACUCACGCCUCCAACAGACAAACCCAGUAAGCUGUUGCCCAGGCUGCCACGGGGCAAGGCUGGGGUGGUGGGGAGUUGGAGGACAUGCUGGGUGCAGAGCAGGGAGGCGAUGCCAGAUCCAGAAUGCCCCAACCCAAAAGGGCAGAUAGCCCACGCUCAGCUUCUCUCUCCCUUUGCAGGUCAGGACAAUCGCAGCAAACUCCGCAACAUGAUCGAUUUCCGGCUCGCCGGCCUGGAUAUCACUGACGCCACGCUGCGGCUGAUCAUCCGCCAUAUGCCCCUGCUCUCCCGCCUCGACCUCAGCCACUGCAACCACCUUACGGACCAGUCGGCCAACCUCCUCACGGCCGUGGGCUCUUCCACGCGCAACUCCCUCACCGAGCUCAACAUGGCAGGCUGCAAUAAGCUGACGGAUCAGGCCUUGCUGUACCUGCGCCGCAUCUCCAACGUCACUCUAAUCGACCUGCGAGGUUGCAAACAGAUCACCCGCAAAGCCUGUGAGCACUUCAUCUCGGACCUGUCCAUCAACAGCCUCUACUGCCUCUCUGAUGAGAAGCUGAUCCAAAAAAUCAGCUAGAGACCCUCCCCGGGGUAGACUGAGGAGAAGGAAAAGAGCCCAUCCCACCCCUCUUGGAGAGCCGCUCCUCCACAUCCCCACCUUGCCCUCCGCGUCCUGCCGCUGCCUCCCACCUGACUCGGCAGGCAGGGCCACUGCUGGCCUCGCUCCACCGUCCUUCCUCCUCCUCCCCCGGGACUUCUGCCGAUGAAGAUGUCCCGCCAGGCUGGCCAGUACCAAUGGAGGAACGGGCAAAUGGCAGGGAGCCUCGGCCCGGAGGCUGGCCGCACCCAAGGCGGAGGUUGUAAUAGAGAUCUCUGUGAAGAGAAAUGGGGCACCC